AUGAGCAAGACAUUCGACGUGAUCAUCGUCGGCGCAGGCAUCUCCGGCAUCAACGCCGCCUACCGUCUGCAAUCCGAACUCCCCGGCUACAGCUAUGCCAUCCUCGAAGCCCGUGACGACUUAGGCGGCACCUGGGAUCUGUUCAAGUACCCCGGAAUCCGCUCCGAUUCCGACCUCUUCACCUUCGGCUUCCAAUUCAACCCCUGGAGCCGCGACAACCCCAUCGCCGAGGGCUCCGCGAUCAAGGAGUAUGUCCGCGACACAGCGAACAAAUUCGGCAUCCAUGAGAACAUCCACUUCCAGCACCGGAUGACCUCGGCCAAUUGGUCGACAGAGACGAACAGCUGGUCACUCGCCGUCGACGCGCAGGGCGAACAAACCUUCACCGCCCGUUACGUCAUCUUCGGCACGGGCUACUACAACUACAAGGAGCCUCUCAAGGCCGACAUCCCCGGGCUGGACGACUUCCAGGGCCAGAUCAUUCACCCGCAGUUCUGGCCCGAGGAUCUCCAAUACAAGCAGAAGAAGAUCGUCAUCAUCGGCUCCGGUGCAACCGCCGUCACCCUCUUGCCUAAUCUGGCCGACCAGGCCGAGCGCGUCACCAUGCUCCAGCGCAGCCCGACCUACAUCCUCUCCUUGCCCAAUCGCACGCGCAGCCGCUGGCUCAGCUAUAUCAUGCCUCAUGCCUGGUACACCCGCGUCCAGCGUAUCGUCUGGAUCUACACUUCCCGCAUCUUCUUCUUGUUCUGCCAGCGAUUCCCGGGCUUCUCGCGCUGGUUGCUGAAGUUGAACGUGCGCCAGCAACUUCCGAACCACAUCCCUUAUGACCCGCACUUCAAGCCUAGAUAUAACCCUUGGGAUCAGCGUCUGUGUGUUUGUCCCGAUGGGGAUCUGUUCAAGUCCCUGCGUCAGGGCAAGGCAGAUGUGAAGACCGAUACUAUCAAGCAGGUUACGAAAAACGGCAUUAUCUUGAACUCGGAUGAGAAGCUGGAUGCGGAUAUCAUCAUCACUGCCACGGGCUUGCGUCUGCAAAUUGCAGGUGGGGCCGCGUUGAGUGUGGACGGGCAGAAGAUCGAUAUCGGUGACAAGUAUCUCUGGAACGGUGUCAUGUUACAGGAUCUUCCCAAUGCCGCCUUCGUCAUUGGAUAUACCAAUGCCUCGUGGACACUCGGUGCCGAUGCCACGGCGCAAUUUGUCUGCCGGCUGUUGAAGAACCUGGAGUCGCGCAAGCUCAUUGCCGCUACGCCGAGGUUGAAGGCCAAGGAUGCUUCGACGCUCCAAGAUCGGAGGUUGCUGAACCUGAACUCGACUUAUGUUUCUAUUGCCGAGCGCGCCCUUCCCAAGGCUGCUGAUCGUGGCCCUUGGCAGCCUCGUGAUCACUACAUGAAGGAUAUCAAGUUUGCCAAGGGUGGUGAUAUCGACACAGGGUUGGAGUUUGUGCAGGGCCCGAGUCUGCGUUUGCGCCCGAAGAUCGCUUGA